CGUAGCCAAUAGGAAAACAGUCACAUGCAACUGCCAUCCAAUCAGCAUCAUCCUUUUCGGAUCCUGGGGGUUUCCACAAAGGUUUCCAUUUGCACUCCUCCCUGCAGCCGAGAACGGGAGGUACCGUGCGGCACCGUCCGAAACUACGACUAGACGGACUGCAACAUUGUCAACUGCUGCAAAGAAGACCAAUUCCAACACCACCGUUCAUUGAACAAAGCAGCAAUGCCUCCCCCAAUGCGCCACCGCUCCAUGCGCGUCUUCAUGAAUGAUGACCGCCACGUCAUGGCAAAACACUCUGCUAUCUACCCGACUCAGGAAGAACUGGAAAGCGUACAGAACAUGGUGUCUUACACAGAGCGGGCCCUCAAGGCCGUCUCUGACUGGUUGGAUAAACAAGAGAAGGGAGUUUCGAAGUCCGACUCUGAUGGCACAGACACCGAUAAGGAAAGUGAGCACAGAGAUCAGGCCACUCGCUCUCUGCGUGGUGUCAUGAGGGUGGGCCUGGUUGCCAAGGGGCUGCUCCUGAAGGGGGACCUGGACCUGGAGCUGGUGCUCCUCUGUAAGGACAAGCCCACCAUCAGUCUGCUGAAGAAAGUGUCUGAAAACCUUGUUGCACAGCUCAAGCUGAUCAUAGAAGACAAAUACGUUGUGACCCAGAACAUCCAUGAGGCGAGUAUCGUCAUCAAGAACACCAAGGAGCCCCCUCUCACCCUCACCAUUAACUUGACUUCCCCUUUGGUUCGUGAGGAUGUCGAGAGGGCUGCCGCCGGAGAAUCGCUUUCAGUCAACGAUCCCCCGGAUGUUCUGGACAGGCAGAAAUGCCUAACUGCCUUGGCGUCUCUCCGCCACGCUAAGUGGUUCCAGGCCAGAGCUAAUGGACUGCGCUCCUGCGUCAUUGUCAUCCGGAUCCUAAGAGACCUGUGCGCCCGUGUCCCCACAUGGGCUCCGCUUCGUGGUUGGCCUCUUGAGCUGAUCUGUGAGAAAGCCAUUGGUACAGGGAACCGGCCCAUGGGGGCAGGAGAAGCUCUGCGGAGAGUCUUAGAGUGUCUGGCUUCGGGAAUCCUCAUGGCAGAUGGUGCUGGAAUCUGCGACCCAUGCGAGAAGGAUUCCACAGAUGCUAUUGGUCACUUGGACCAGCAGCAGCGAGAAGACAUCACAGCAAGCGCACAACAUGCCUUAAGGCUGUCAGCUUUUGGACAGCUUCACAAAGUGCUGGGAAUGGAUCCCCUUCCCUCCAAGAUGCCCAAGAAGCCUCGUAGUGAGACUCCUAUUGAUUACACAGUGCAAAUCCCACCCAGCACGGCGUAUGCUCCACCAAUGAAAAGGCCCAUUGAGGAAGAGGAGGGAACUGACGACAAGAGUCCCAAUAAGAAGAAGAAAAAACUACAGAAGAAAUCUCCAGAGGACAAGGCUGAGCCUCCCCAGGCCAUGAACGCUCUGAUGAGGCUCAAUCAGCUGAAGCCAGGUCUCCAGUACAAGCUCAUAUCGCAGACUGGCCCAGUUCACGUCCCCGUCUUCACCAUGUCUGUAGAAGUGGACGGAACGAACUUUGAGGCCUCUGGUCCAUCCAAACGCACUGCCAAGCUGCACGUAGCUGUAAAGGUCCUGCAGCACAUGGGUCUGCCUACGGGUGUGGAACUAAAGACUGCGGAUCAGAUAAAAGCAGAGGAGGCGGAAAUAACUGUGAAAGUGGAAGACGUGAAACCAGUAAUAACGCCCACUGAAACGCCCACGGCUGCUGCAGCAGCCACUGCAGAUACCGCUGAUGCUGCCGAGACUGCUCGCCAACAGGGACCAAUCCUGACGAAACACGGCAAGAACCCCGUAAUGGAACUGAACGAGAAGCGCCGCGGACUCAAGUACGAGCUCAUCUCGGAGACUGGCGGCAGCCACGACAAACGCUUUGUCAUGGAGGUGGAAAUUGACGGUCAGAAGUUCCAGGGCACGGGGUCCAACAAGAAGGUGGCCAAGGCUUACGCUGCCCUGGCUGCGUUGGAGCGGCUCUUCCCUGAAGGCUCUAUGGCCGAGGCUGCUAAAAAGAAAAAGGGACCCCCCAUGCACACGCCAGGUUUUGGUAUGGUGGGAGCUGGAGUCGGAGACGUGGCCCUGCCCAGAGGAAGAGGGAGAGGGGGACGAGGCCGUGGAAGGGGCAGGGGCUUCAACAACGGAGGAGGCUACAGCCAAGGAGGUUGCUUUGGAACAUAUGGUUAUGGGAACAACGCUAACUCCGGAUACAAUUACUACAACAAUGGAGGCACAAAUGGAGGAACUGGGGCAUCGAGCAGCUCGCCGGGUGGCCCUCCCGCCAGCGCCUCGCCAGCAGCCGCACAGGGUUCUUAUGGGUCGUACUACCAGAAUGACGGGAGCUACACUGCCACUCCCGCUGCCAAAGCCCCAAAAAAGAAGCCCCCCAUGCACAAGGGAGGGAAGUCGCCCUUCCCAGGUCCUCCUGGGACAAACAGUGGAUCUGCAGGGGGCUACCAGUCCAGCAGCCCCCCAGGGCAGACCACUUACAACCAGUAUGCUCAGGGUUACGGCCAGGGAAAGAAGAGUUUCAACCAGAACCAGGGGGCAACAGGUGGAUACAUGUACAGCACUGCCUACCCGAGCCAGGUGACCGGGGGCGCCGGAGGUAGCCAAGACUACAGUUAUGAAGGUUUCAACAACCAGUCCAGUUACAACUCACAGGCAGGAGGAGGGGGCGGUAACAACAACAACAACAACCAGGGCUUUGGCAACAACCACUCUCAGUACCACAGCCCAGCGGGUUACGGCAGAGGAGACGGCAGCAUGAAUUACCAGUACAGAUAGACUGUAUCACUCCAAGCUUCAGUGUCUGAAGUCCUCUCCAAAGAAAGUGAUUGAAAGCUUGCCUGUGCUCUCUGCCUUCUCCAUGUUCGCUUCUCCUGUGCUACACGUGGGGACAAACUGAGACGUCAGACCCGAGUUGUGGCUGAAUUUAAUGGUCUGUUUCGGUGGUCUGGUCAGUGCGUUGUCUUGUGUUUUUAGGUUGUUACUAUAACUUUAUUUAAUUUUUUAAUCUGCUACCAGUCCUCAUCCUCAUCUCUCAUUCCCAAGGCUGAUGUUAGAAGUUACUCACUCACUAGCUCUGGCUUGGUUUCCUUUCUUCUCAACAGUUGUGUGGAAAACAUUUUUUUUUUCUCAUUUAUUCUCAAUUAGUAAAAUCUUGUAGUUUGUAACUACAAAGGUUAUUGUACUUUUUGUAACAAAUCACAGACUCAAUGUUUGGGCUUUUCUUCAAUGCGUGUAAUUUUGGCAGGUUUUUGUUUUUGUUUUUCCCUAACGUGAUGUAGUUAUUUUAAUAAAUGUUUUUUGGAGAUUACUGGAAAAUAUACAUUUAAAUUCUGAUGUAAAAUCCACAUUUCUGUCCAAUGUAGCUUUUUGAUUGGGUGGGAUUUGUUCUUGUUAAUGUAUAAUGGUGUGUAUUAAUAAAUGAUUUUUAUUUUGAA